CACAGACGCUAACGUUCGGGAGAUACAAUAUCCGUAAAAUGUCCAUAAAAUUAGUCUAAGUCAGCAAAGGAACAUGUCAGGUCAAGUGCAGGAAGAAGAUUUUGUAAAUGCUAAAGCAUAUUUGUUACAGUCAAACCUAUAUGAUCAUCUGUGUAAAGUACUAACAAAAGUUCUCGACGAGAGGCCGAAAAAUGCUGGUGACAGUUUUGAGGAUAUAAGCAAGGAUGUAAAGAAAACUGCUUUUAAUCCAGAAAGUGACGUUUUACAAGACAAAAAUGAGGACUCUACAGAGGUUGAAAUAGCUGAAACGCAUAAAAAACUUUUCACUAAACCAGAUGAGCUCGAAUUGCAUGAUGGACAUGAUGAUGAGCUGGGAGCUCCACUCGGCAACCUUAUGGAGUCUGCAUUCAUGUUUGAGCAAGCUGGUAUUGGCUUCAGCAGAGAGGAAACGUACAGAAUAUUUCUGGCCCUCAAGCAGCUGCUUGAAACACAGCCCAUUCAGCAUAUCAGGUUCUGGGGCAAGAUUUUAGGAGUGCAGCAGAGUUAUAUUGUGGCUGAAGCAGAACCAAGGGAUGGAGAAGACAUUGAGCCAAUAGAGAAAGAUGAUGUUGAGGAAGGCAAUGGUGAACGUGAUUCAGAUGCUGGAGGCGAUGAUCAGGAUGACGAUGCUAUUCCAAAGCCAGACUACAACCCAUCCCCUGUUAUCCCACGUGAGGAGAAUGGUGUUGGGUGCAACAAAAAGAUCUAUUUUGUCUGCACAGAACCUGGUAUGCCAUGGACCAGACUCCCUCCUGUCACUCCAGCCCAAAUGGUGGCUGCACGAAUGAUUAGAAAGCUAUUCACAGGACACCUAGAUGCCCCGGUAAACAGCUAUCCUGUAUUUCCUGGCAAUGAAGCAAACUAUUUGAGAGCACAGAUAGCUCGCAUUAGUGCUGCCACACAGAUUUCUCCUCUUGGUUUCUAUCACUUUGAUGAAGAAGAAGAAGAGCAAGAAGAAACGGAUGCACGUGAUACUUAUGUUGAGAACUUGGAGUUUGAACCAAUCCCUGUUAAGGACUUGGCUGAUAGCAACAUGGCUAACUGGGUUCACCAUGUCCAGCACAUACUGCCACAGGGUCGCUGUAAAUGGUACAACCCAUUCAAGAAGGAUAGUGAAGAACUGGAUGAGGAGAAUUUUGAUGAUGAGGCAGAAGAGACAGAUGCUCCCAUUCCAGAAGCAGGACCACCUCUUCUCACCCCACUCGCUGAAGAUGCUGAAAUUGCUCAUAUUGCACCAUGGAGCACACAACUUUCUUCGAACUACUUCCCACAGUUUGCAUUGGCUGUGGUGAGAUCAAACCUUUGGCCUGGGGCUGCAACAGUUGCAGCUGGAAGAAAAUUUGAAAACAUCUAUAUUGGAGUUGGUCACAAGUACAGCCUGUACAACUACAGCCCACCAGCAAUGCCACCUGUGGGGCAGGAGCAUCCUAUGAUGGAAGAACUUACUGAGAUAGAAGACCCAUCCGUGGAAGAGGAAGCUGCAUUUAAGGCUGCCCAGCAAGAAGCAGAGGAGCGAGCUGAGGAGGAGGCCGAGGCUGAAGAGGAUGGGGAUGAAGAUGAAAACUGAAAAUGAAGAUAUAUAUCAUAAUUAAACUGUGUAUAAAUAUAUCAGAGAUAUAUGAGUUCACAUUAUUAAUACAAGUUUCCAGAGACUACAUACAAUUAUAUAACCAUUACAUUUUAAAUACUGUUAUACACAUGCUUCAAUUGCAUCUCUUCCACACAUUUCUUAUAUCUGGAUGGGGUGGGUGAGUGGUUUUUGUAUGGCACAUUUAUGAUAGUAUAUUACUACAGCUGGUUGUCUGUAUCUGAUCUGAUUUUAAAAUUCUCAAGUAUAGUUAGUAUACCCAGGUUUACAACGAUCGACGAUCUAAUUUAUUACCGUUGGUUCAUCAAUAAAAGUAUAGUCUGCUCUCUAUUUGAUGUAUUGACUAUUGAGUAUUGUGUCUAAUAAAAUGCAAAAAAUGUAGAUACUAAAAUACCGUAACUUACGGAGUAUACUCUAUACUUGCAAUAUCAUGGUAAUAUACAUCAUUACAUGCACGUGUGUUCAGGUUUGCAAUGUUGUUCAGGGCGUUUAGUAUAUAGAAUCAUAGAUACAGUGUGGUAUUCAGAUGUGGGUGGUUAAGAUUAGAAGCAUUACUUC